GUCAAAAUGCCCAAGUGAGAGGACCCGCACUUGCAGCUUUCGAGCCAAGUGUGACGAUCGUCGUCCGCUCCAGCGGCACACCAGUAUGAGCGGGCUUGGAGCACCUUACCUAGCAAGUGGGUGUAGGAGAGUGGCCUUGCCGCCCUUUCUCUCGUACAUCCAUCAUACUUGCUAGGUACUCGAAUGAUCGCAGCCCCGUUUUCUCUUACAAUCAUUGUAAACUCCCACCUUAGCUCCUAUCAAUAAAGGCAGCUCCUAUGUCACACAAUGGAGAACAGUCGAAUGUUGAAUCAGAGAGACGUACACCUGUUGAGGUCUCCGCAAAUGAUCCCAGAAAUACUCUCAGAGCGGUCUGCAUGGACAUCGUUCAGGGGUACAAAUGAAAGGAAAUCGGCAAAACGGCUGCAAUCGCUGGACUUAGUGUCGCCUUGCACGACUACUCCAUUGAGCAACAAACCACUCCCGACUUCACGACUCUUACAUCCUACCUCAACAUGCUCGAUGAAAUCAACUGAGAAGACAUGCGCACAGCAUCAUCAGAGGAUCAGCAGCAUGAAGAAGAGUCUCGCCGAGCGGUUAGGGGUAGAGACCAGAGUCGAGACUCUAGUGUCAGAACCUCCAGAUGGUCGAGUAGUAGAAGUCGUUCACCAGGCUCAGGAUCAACUGAACUGAGCUAUCAAUGGAAGAGAGGAAAUCCACUCCGAUACGCCUGGACCAUCACUAACGUCGUCCAAGGAAGUCAAUUGUCUGAAUCACUCCGAUGCUCACUCAAACUUCUUCGUGAAUACGCUGUCGACCCCAAAGGAGCGAAGUCAGACUUGCUCAACUCGGCAAGUGCCCCAGAGUUCCCAGAUGCAGAAUGGACGAAUGUCCUUGCUGGAAAGGUUAUCAACCUCGACCAUGUGUUCACAGGUUGUUACUCCGUUUGGAGGAGAUGAAUGCGAGAUCGGACACCUUGGCAACCUCGAAGUCUGUUAUCGACUGCCUACAGCCUCUCAAAAAAUCAGAAACUUUGGUGAUUGGGUCUUUGCAUGGGCCAAAACCAUUGAAGCCACUUCUUACGCCUUCCCCCAUCGUCGCUCAGAACUUGUAUCCUAUGGGCAGUAUCUCACAGGAAUCUUCGGAGCCAUUGACAUCGACUUCCACUCACGCAUCCUUGACUUCGACUGAGCCGUUCACAAAAGAGUUGCAUCACGACGUAUGAUACUACCCGCUUUAAUGACCUCUAUACCAUGUGCAUCGACUCAUGUGGUGCGCGGGUCGCUGAAGAGAAAACCCAAUCUUCCAGAUCUACAAGAGAGCACCGGCAAAAGGAGCCGUGCAACAACUGGAAUGCAGGACUCUGCACGCGUCAAGCUUCCUCCUGCAGAUACAGGCAUGUCUGCGCAGGAUGCCGAGCCUCUGGACACACCGUUGUCAACUGCACUAAAGGUGUGCACAAGUGACAAGGUGUCAAAGUAUCUCAACAUCGCAUGUCCACGAUAUUUACAUGGCCUCAUAUGGACAAUUCCUCGAAACCCUCCAUUUGCACUGCCUCUUCAAUUUCUCUCACUCAUGAUCCACUUCCCGAUGUUCCCCCUCAUGUUCAAAAUGAUCCUAUCAUCAAUGAUACACUUCAUGCGCACUCUUCGCUCUUCAAAGCUGUAAUGCCUAUUAACAUUGAUCGCUUUCAGUACCUUCUACGAGAACACCCUAAUCAACCUUUUGUCUUAUCUGUUUGUCGAUUGCUUCGUGAAGGUUUCUGGCCAUGGGCGGUAACUGACAGCAAUGUUUCACAAUAUCCUCUCACUUGGGAUGCGGCUAGACCCCCACCUACCCUGCUCGAAGAAGCACAAUUCUUGAGAGAGCAGCGUGAUGAAGAACUUGAGAAGGAGAGAUUUUCAGAAGGGUUCGGUCCUGAUCUUUUCCCCGCUAUGUACAGCAUGCCUAUCCAUGCAGUCCCUAAACUGCAUUCAGACAAAUUGCGACUCGUUACGAACCACAGCGCGACACAAUACUCCCUCAACUCUAUGAUACCACGUGAAUCUAUUCGUGGUGUCAUAUUAGAUGGGAUUCCUGCACUCGGCGAAUGUCUUCUUCAUUACAGGUGCAUUCACGGAAACUCCAAGUCUUUAGUCCUCUGGAAGUCAGAUGUUUCCCAGGCUUACCGACAUAUGCCAAUGUCCCCAUACUGGCAACUCAAACAGGUCACCACUGUUGAUGGAAUCUGUUACAUUGACCGGUGUAAUGUCUUUGGUGGGCGAGGCUCAAUGCGCAUUUGGACUGCCUUUGACUCCCUCGUCCUCUGGAUUGCCCUUGUACUGCUACACAUUGAUCAAUUCAAUUACGUUGAUGACAACUUCGGGUUUGAAGAAGAGGGUUGCGUUGAAUUUUAUCAACCAUACAAUGCUUAUUUUCCUUCAAACCAGACAAAACUACUUCGCUUAUGGGAUGACAUCAACCUUCCUCAUAAAUGUCGCAAACAAGAGUAUGGACACACACUCACAAUUAUUGGUUUUCAAGUUGAUCCCAACCUCAUGACUGUCACACUUCCUUCCAAAAGCCUCACGAAACUCAUUCGCUCAGUUGAAGAUUUCCUCGUUACUUCCACCACAUCCCGACGGCACACUCUCACUGAAUUUCAGCAACUUACCGGCUACAUCAAUUGGUCUUUCAACAUCUUUCCCCUCUUAAAACCAGCAUUAUCCAAUAUGUAUGCCAAAAUGUCAGGCAAGACCCACCGUCAUGCCGGCAUUUAUCUCAACCGUGCCAUCACUUCUGACCUGCAAUGGUUUGUUCAUCAUGUUCACAAUUCCGAUGGUAUCCAUCUAUUUCAAACCUUGGCCUGGAGCCCAUCGGAUCUUAUCGAGGACUCUCAUCGCGAUGAAUUUGCACUAGUCGAUGCCUCCGGUUCUGGUAUCGGUCUCUACUUUCCCUGGAGUCACCUUGGAUUUUGGUCAGAGCUUCCAUGCCAUACACCCACCAGCACCAUCUAUUUCUUCGAAGCUCUUGCUAUUUGUGCCGCCAUUCAUCGCAUCCACUUCUGGCGCACAGCAUCUCGCUUUGUACAACGUCUUGCAAUUCUCUCAGAUAACACCAAUGCCGUUCACGCUUUCAACACCUUGAAAGUCACGCCACCUUACAACCCCAUCCUCACCUCCGCUAUUGAUAUCAUGAUCGAAGACCGUCUACAGGUCCGUGUAGAUCAUAUCAAUGGCGAGGACAAUCAAAUCUCCGAUGCACUCUCCCGGGGCCACCUACACAAAGCACGUCUUCUUGAUCCCAAAAUCACGAUUCUUCACUUUAGACCCCCUCGGGAUGCGUUGGGGGCUGUCAAAAAAUGAACUUCGUUCCUGUGCGGUCCCAGCAACUGAAACGGUUGCCUUGGACCACUGAGCGUUUAGUCCAUGAACGCUCCAUUGCGCUAUCCC